GAGACAAGGUAUCUGCAGAUACACCAUGGUGUGUAACACACCAGAGACUUGUCUCUGUAACACACAGUUGGUAGACCUUUUGGUGUGUUCCUAAGAUCUGGUAGGUUAAGUUAGCUUGUAAUUUGCCGGAAACAUUGAAAAAAUAGUUAAAAAGCAUGGACGAGUGGGAUGAUUCGUUAAAUUACCAGCCGCAAUACGUUGCUCCAGCUUUUGCGCAAAAACCCGACACGAAUUCGCAAGCGUGGGAUAAUUGGAAUCAAAACACGGAAGACACAAAACAGCAGAGUGGAACCUGGAGGAAUGGAGAGGAAUCCAACGAAUGGAACGGCCAGGGGCAAAGUUUCCAGAACCGAGGCAGGGGAAAAAAUGACGGGGACAGAAGAAAUGGGGGUGACAAAAUGGAAAUUAUCAAAGUUCCUUCAAACUGUGUUGGCCGUGUCAUUGGCAGAGGGGGGUCAAAAAUCAGCGACUUGCAGUACAAUUCGGGGGCCAGGAUUCAAGUAACUAAAGAGACUGAUGGCAACAGUACCAUUAUUAAAAUUUUUGGUGAUCCAGGCAGUAUCAAUACUGCCAAAGAGUUAAUAAAUGACUUGACUGUGGACAAGAGGGAUACAUUCCAGGCUCCAAAGUCUACUAUGGGGACUUUUGAAGCCGAACCUAAGCCUAAAACGGCAACAGGGCAAGGUGGAGGGGGAGGAGGAAUCAAAGACUGGCAGGCAUGGUUGAAAGACUGCGAGUCGGAAGAGACCGCUAUGUGGGCCACAUACCCUCCAAUAAAAAAAGAGUUCUACGUCGAGCAUCCGGAAGUGACGCGGCUUACGCAGCAAGAAGUCGAGCAGUUCCGGCUCGAUAACAACAACAUCGUUGUUGAUCGCACGUUCAAAAAUACCGAAAGCAAACCUAUACCAAAACCGGUGCAAACGUUCGAGCAGGCAUUUCACAACUACCCGGAAAUUAUGGAGGAGAUCCGGAAGGCGGGUUUUGAAAAACCGUCCCCCAUACAGUGCCAGGCUUGGCCGGUUCUGCUUAGCGGGGAAGAUUUGAUAGGUAUUGCUCAGACUGGUACCGGUAAAACAUUGGCUUUUCUGUUGCCAGCUUUGAUACAUAUCGACGGGCAGGGUGUUUCCAGAAAAGAUAGAGGUGGCCCUGCGGUGCUAAUUAUGGCCCCUACUAGAGAACUGGCUUUGCAAAUCGACCGCGAAAUCAAAAAAUACAAGUACAAAGACAUCAAAUCAGUCUGUCUUUAUGGGGGUGGUUCUCGCAAAGACCAGGUUAGAGAAGUCACUGAUGGUAUUGAUAUUGUUAUCGCCACGCCUGGGAGGCUAAACGAUAUUGUGGCCUCAGGUCAAAUGGACGUGAAACCGGUAACUUAUGUCGUGUUGGACGAAGCAGAUCGCAUGCUGGACAUGGGAUUCGAACCGCAAAUCCGCAAAGUUAUGUACAUGAUUCGCCCGAAUCGACAUACAGUGAUGACCAGCGCCACCUGGCCGCAGGGCGUGCGAAGAUUGGCCGAUUCAUAUAUGAAAGACCCUGUGCAGGUCUACGUCGGCUCGCUGGAUCUGGCAGCCACGCACACCGUGAGGCAAACUAUUGCCUUGCUGAAGGACGAGGACGAUAAGAUGUCCACAUUUGUGGAAUUCGCUCAAAACAUGGGCCCGGACGAGAAAGUCAUCGUUUUUUGCGGCAAAAAAUCGCGCGCAGACGAACUCACGUCCGAAAUCAGCUUGAUGCGCAUCAAGUGUCAAAGUUUGCACGGCGACCGCGAUCAGAGCGACAGAGAGCAGGCAUUGAGAGACAUAACGAGCGGCGAAGUGCAAAUUUUGAUCGCCACCGAUGUCGCAUCCAGAGGCCUGGACAUCGAAGAUAUCACACAUGUUAUUAACUACGAUUUUCCGCGCAACAUUGAAGAGUACGUUCAUAGAGUGGGAAGAACCGGCAGGGCCGGUAGAACCGGCGAAAGUAUUAGUUAUUUCACCAGACAAGACUGGGGUAAAGCUCAGGAGUUAAUUAAGAUCCUUGAGGAGGCUGAACAAUAUGUACCUGAUGAGCUGCACGGUAUGGCUGAAAGGUAUACCGUUUGGAAGGAGAAGAAAGAUGCGGAAAAAGCCAGGGGUGGCGGUGGAUACGGGGGUGGCGGUGGAUACGGGGGUGGGGGUCAUGGAGGUGGCGGCGGAGGGGGCCGAUUCGGUCGCGACAGAUGGUAACCGACCACAAACUGUUGGGAAUAUUACUCUGAUUUUGGAGGAAGAAUGAUUCGUUUAGUUUUUAUGAAAAGUUUUGUUUUUAUAUUUGCAAUUAAAAACACAUUUUCCAGUUAUAUAUGAUUUUUUAUUAUUUUAUUUGUAAGUUAUUAUUAUACAAGUACGUGAAGGGGAGCCUAAACUCACUAAAGGUACAGUAUUAUUUGUUGCACUUUUGUUUUAAGUUUAUUUUGUUUUGUUUCAUAAUAUUAACCACGUAAUUUGUGUCUCGAUCUUCUUUUAGAGAUUGAUCAUCAUAUAUGUCUUGAUCAUCCUGAAAUGAGGUUAAUAAAUAUUAAAAAAAUCAUUUAAAUUAUUAGAAAAAAAUAUUAUCC